AUGCUUCAGCGGUUUAAUGACAGCUCCGUCAACCUCUCCCACUUUGCAGAGAAGGCCCUCACUCUCCUCCUGGCCAACAACUUCACAGCGCCAGCUCUGCUGCGCCCCAUGGUCACACGCUUCAUGUUGCCUCGCGAGGAGCUGGCUCUAGAAAAGAUGAGAAUGAAGGGAGGCGAAGCGGUGCACGCGCGGUUGCUACAAGCAAUGAUAGAGUUUGCCGUCACUCCCGUGCUCUCCCCUCGCAUCCACAUGUCUCGCCAUCUCCACGACCACAGAACCUUGGGAGACAGCCCCAUGGCAUUCGGGCUGGUGGAGUUCGAAUCCGCAUGGAACGCAGCCACCGAUGACUCCCCUCUCUGCUUUGAAAGGCUCCUCCUCCCGGGAGUUCUCAAGGGGCAGGCGUAUCCGUCUCACCCCACCCAAGGCACCUACCUGGACCGACACCUGAGAAUCAAGCUGGGGCUGGAGCCGCCUGGGAAAGUGGAGUGGGGGAGGGAUGGGAUGCGGGGGUGGCGGCCGCGAGUGCUGUAUAUCACACGGCUGGGAGCGGAGUUGAAGCUUCGCCGCACCUUCCUACCGGAGAGUCAUGAGGCUCUGCUGAGGCUGAUGGAGGAGCUGGGAUUGCAGGUGAGUUUUUGGUAG